UGAAGAGCCUUAUCCUAAAAACACAACAAAGGGAAGGGCAGAUUGCGUGGAAGUUUAGCCACGCUGGCAUCCGCUAUCUCCGUACCCUGAAAUGGACUCCUAUUCUGGUUUGUCUUAGGCUUUCUGUGCGGCUGGCCAACGCUGCUCACCCCCCACCCCACCCCCCCAGCAAACGAGGUCUCUUCCUGGGACCACCCCGAGAUCCCUUGUGGAUUUCAUGGAGACAGCAACACUCCUGCCUUCUCAUUUUAGGAGAAGCACCGGCUGGGGUACCGUUAUGUCCUGCUUAACCCAGGUCUGGCACACCGAAGUGCCAGAAUCUCCCCCUUCGACUCCCCAAAGUCCUAUCCCGGUGGACGCCCACGAGAGACCCAUCCCACUCAACCCGAUCGUCAUCACGUCUCCCUCUGUGGAAAACAGGCCCGCCGUCUGUUCUCCCGUGGGGUCUCCAUUGAGCUCGCCCGUCGAUGGGAAGACCAGGCUGGGCUCCCCGACGGAGCGGCCCACCUCGCCGAUCGAAUGCUCCAUCUGCUUCAACACCUACGACAACCUCUUCAAGACGCCCAAGGUGCUCCAGUGCCAUCACACUUUCUGCUUGGAGUGUUUGGCCCGGCUGACGGCCGCCUUGCCGCCCAACCGCGUGGAAGACCAGCUCCCGUGCCCCUUCUGCCGGCAGCUCACCGAGAUCCCGCUUGAAGGCGCGCCGGGUCUCCAGACGUGCAGAGAGGUGAUGGCCACCCUGCCACCAGAGCUCCGGAAGGAGAAGGCCCUCUGGAUGGAAGGCACCAAGUUGUGUUGCCGCCAGUGCUCCGAUCCCGAGAAUGGCCACACCUGCGUCACCAUCGACAUCGCCCCCAGCAAGCCAGAAGUCCCCGAGACCCCCACCGAGGGCUUCAUCGGGCGCCUCUCCCGCUGCUCGAUAUGCGACGACUGGAAACGCGUCGUCCUGCUCUCUAUCCUCAUCAUCAUCCUCUUCUGCAUCAUCCUCUGGCCCGUCCAGUGUAUCGUCAAGACGGGGAACUUGAAGUGCCUCAACAAGUUGGGCUACCCGCGGCCGAAUUACGUGCCUUACCACCUCACCACCCCGCCUCCCGCGCUGGACCUCACCAAGUUCACGGAGUGA